CUCAGGACCGCAGAUGCUGAAAGCUCUUUAGUGUUGGGUUUAUUCUUGAGGUACAUGGCUGUGUGUGUCCUCGUUCUGUGCUAUAGCCAAGUAUCCCAUUACACAACAACAGAUAUCAACAAACAAAGUUUCCGUUGGAGCGCCGUCGCAUGGGAGUCAAGCUCCUCUUGAAAGCAUAAGGAAUUUAAAGCAAUUGACUGGACUUCGCCGAAUGCAAGUGAGAAUUCAACCUGACUUGCGAGGCAGUGAGGAGGCAUGAUGUUGAGAGACGUGGGAGUAACACUGAUACUGUCACUAAUCCUGCCUGUGGUUGCUCAGGGAGCACGCCACACCCCCCCAGGAAAGCCCAAGCUGACCAGCUGUAGGUCCCCAGAUAAGGAGACCUUCACCUGCUGGUGGGAGGCAGGCUCUGACGGGGGGCGACCCACCACCUACUCCCUCUUCUACCACAAAGAGAACUCUGACACGGUCUAUGAGUGUCCAGACUACCGUACAGCGGGGGCCAACUCCUGUUUCUUCAACAAGAAUGAAACAUCCAUCUGGAUCAACUACAAUAUCACUGUAGUGGCCACCAACGCCCUCGGCAACAACUUCUCUGACCCUGUGGAUGUAGACGUGGUCUAUAUAGUCCAGCCACACACACCAGAGAACGUGACGGUAGGGGUGUUGGAGGACGAAGAUGGUCCCUUCCUCAGGGUGUCAUGGGAACCGCCCCGUAAGGCCGACACACGUUCCGGCUGGAUCACCCUCAUCUAUGAGCUCAGGGUCAAACUGGAGGAGGCGGAGGAGUGGGAGGAGCACCGCGCAGGUCAACAGAAAAUGUUCAACAUCUUCAGCCUGCAUUCUGGUGGUGUCUACAUGGUGCAGGUCCGUUGCAAGCCAGACCACGGCUUCUGGAGCGAGUGGAGCACCGCCAGCUAUGUCAAAGUUCCAGACUACAUUCCUCGGGAACGAUCCAUGUGGAUCCUGAUAGCCGUCUUCUCUGCCUUCAUCUUCUUGAUUCUCACAUGGAUUAUCACCAUGAACAGAAGCAGUGUGAAGCACUGUCUACUACCUCCUGUUCCUGGACCUAAAAUAAAAGGAUUUGAUCAACAGCUUCUCAAGAAGGGCAAGCCAGAAGAGGUAUUCAACGCCUUGGUAGUCCAAAGUUUCCCUCCGAGGUCUACUGACUACGAGGACCUGCUGGUGGAAUACCUGGACGUGUACGUCAACGAGAAACAGGAACUGAUGCCGGAGGGAAAAGACCUCCAAGAUGUUGGCUGCCUCAAGUCCAAGAACCAGUCGGACAACGACUCGGGCCGGGGCAGCUGUGACAGCCACACCUUGCUGAUGGAGAAGUGUGGAGGUGUGGAGUCCAAGGAGGAGUCGAGCUACGAGGAACCCGAGCUACUGCAAGGCCAAGCGGGGUCUUGGGAGAGGCUAGAGAAGGGAGACAGCCAGGAGGUGGACACCCCAGAUUCAUCAGAUGGGAGGGUUAAGACCUGGCCAUCAGUCUUCUCCCCAUCGAUCCAUGGAUCCUCCGACAACCACCACUAUGGUACACUUGAGAUGCCCAAGCAGCACAGCACAAGUGAGAUAACAUACAGCGUCCCAGAUCAUCUCUUCCCCACAUCCACCUCCUUUCCCCACCACCACCCAGAGUACAGCGACACCCUGUACCAUCUCAGUAGAUCCCCAUCCACUGGAGUUGCUUACCACUGGGAGGCCCAGCACCACCCCCAGGCCCACAGCAACUUCAACAUCCGCAAUCUGGAGCGCCAGAAAGAAGCCACAGGGCUUGGGCUGCCCCCCUCCCGGUCCAUGGAGUAUGUGGAGGUCCAGAAAGUGAACCAGGAGAACCAGCUGGUCCUGAAGCCCCUCUCCAGCCACGGCCGGGGCCCCUUCCAGGUGCAGUUCGGCGGGGCCGGGGUGAACUACAGUAAAGUCAACGGGGUGAACAAUGACAACGUGCUCUUGCUGCAGAGGCAGAGGGAGAUGGCUGAAGCUGGGCAGUACUGUGACUACCAGGAGAAGGAGGGGGGUUCUGCUGAGAGAUAUCCCACACAGCAGCAGGGCAAGACGGCCAAAGACGGACCUGUAGCUACCCAGCUCCAGGAGAGCACGUGCCUGACCACCAGCGGCUAUGUGGACACUGCCCCCACGAUGCCCACCUUCUAGAUUCAUCUACCCUGCAUGAGAGUCUGAAAGACAGUCUGUGUGCUAAAUCUCCUGCUCCUCCUGUAGUCACGAGCUGGGUUGUGACGUCACACAGCUAGACAGUUUGCUAUUGUGACUCUCCCUUCUGUCAGUCUCCAGCUCAGCACAGGAGUUUUGUACAUUGAGGAUGUCUGGAUGGAUAGUUCUGUGGAGGAUAAAAACUGUUCUCUCUAAGGCUAAGCUAACCUCCCAAAAACGUAAACACUUUGAGAUAGUGAGGAGAGUUUCUGUCAGAGGCAGAACCAAAACCCUUUAGCUCACUCACAAACUGUUAAAGAACCAACUAUAUAUGUGUACUUCAUACAAGAACCGAUGGAAAACAGUUUUAUGCUUCAGAAUCCAGACUGAAUAGCUAUAUAUUUAUUUUUUUAAUAUACAUGAUUAUUCAUGAUAAUGAAUGUAUUUGAUCAUAAUGGUGUAAAUUCAAUUGUAUGCUAAUUAUUACUUAUUUCAGCUCUGUUGUCUCUCUAUGGAAUGCAAAUUGAAACUCUACUGAUUUCCAAAAGGUACUACUACAGACUAUUUCCUCAACCGACUUGCAAAGUAUACUUUUCUGUAGACAGAUAUUAUGCGGGUGUAUGUGAAAUGAUUCUUGUAGAACCACAACUGGGGAAACCUAAAUUAAUCAAAAUGUAUUAUUCUGACUUUUAUAAAAUGUGUCUAGUCUCAGAGAAAUACUGUACCAGCUGAUGAUUCAGUUUCUGGUUUAGAAAACAAUAGUCAUAGAAAACGUUUUCUAUAGCUGUAAGUACAAUUUUGUAUUAAAGAAAAUAAUAAAGUACAAAGGAAAAAAAGCACUACAAAAAGAAAUACAGGGAUAUUUUUCCAUACAGAGUUUAUUUUGGUGAAAGUACAUACAGAUUCAUUACUAUAUUGAUUAUUUGUUCUAUCUGUGAAUUAAAAUGCUGCUCAUUAAAGAUGUAAUAGACAAAGUA